AUGGAAGAAAGCGCAUUAGAUUCCAAGGAUCAAAACUCUAAUGCAGAUCCUCCUCAAUUCCCAUUCCUAGAUCUUGACGAUCCCAAAAAAUCAGAUGUUUUUAUAGAAGCUACCCUUGAAGUUCUCCGCCGCAUGCCUGAAAUCUGCGUCGACAAAAGCAACAUUUAUCAUUCUAAAAUCGAGAAUCUUUGCAUGUUAGAUUUGAACUUGAUGACAGCUCUUGUUGCGAUGCAGGAAAAAAGAGACGAACUUUGGCUGGAAUUUAAUGGUUAUGUGGAUUCUGACGAGGAAAUCCCCGAAUUCCGGGAGGUGUAUUGUCCUAAUUGCGACGAGAGUAGCGAGGAAGAUGAGAGUGAAGACCUCUGUCACUGUCCGAUUCAUCCCAACACCGGCACCGAAUACCUCGCUUGUGGGAUAAUAACGAAUCCAUGGAAGAAUGGUCCUGCAGUUGGAAACGAGGAAUCCACGUUCACCGUGGCGACCUAUAGUGCUAGUGAGCUAGCGACGCCUAAGAUUCCUGCGGAUGCGGAUGACUGCGUUUGUCUCUGUGUAACGUGUUGUGCUUCUCGUGGCCUCGACAGUGAUGACGAUAGUUAUGUCUAUCCUUCUUCGGAGUCAGAGAGCGAAGAUGAGAUACCCUGUCAAUGUUAG